GAGACCACGGGGCCCCCCUUCUACCCUCCGCGGCUACGUUCGAACGGGAGACCCCCUCGCUCUCUCUCUCUCUCGAGGGAGAGACACACGGGACACACGGGUACCCCACAGCUGACACGUUAUUGCCGCAGUACCCCUCGUAACGAAAGCAACGCGUGCUUUGCCGAUUCGUUUCUUGUUCCUGGCUCAGGAACGUGCCCGAUCGCGACGUCGCCCUCCCCCGUGUACGAGGGCAACCGUGGCAACUUCGCGCCGACAACAACUUUUCACCCCCUGUACGCGGAUACUCCGCGUUUUAUUUGCUCCUUCCGCCCGACACAGCCCUCUCGUUCUUUCACGUUCUGUUCUUCUCUUCUUCCCUUUUCAUCUAUCUUUCUCUCUCGCGAGAAUCCCACUCGAUCUUCCGUUUUCUACCUGGGACCCAAGAUCAUUCCACCUUUUGGAUUUGGAUGCUGAACGAAAACGAAGAGCCUUUUCCUUUUGGGACGAGUGGCGAGCGCGAAGGACGGGCGCUUCUCGAGUUCAAGAGUGGCGAGAGUGUGGUUUUCCCUUUCAGUGUAUGUGAGAAUAAUUGUGACAGUUGGAUAAGACGCAGCGGAAAUCGUAGCCGGCAUGGACGUCACCAGCGGAAUGAGGCCUAUCUUUGGCGGAUAUCCGUUCCAAGGGCAAGGAAGGAUGAAUCAGCUAGGUGGGGUCUUCAUUAACGGCCGACCUCUCCCUAAUCACAUCCGUCUGAAAAUCGUAGAAAUGGCCGCCGCGGGAGUCCGUCCUUGCGUGAUAUCUAGGCAGCUUCGCGUCUCGCACGGAUGCGUCUCUAAGAUUCUGAACCGAUAUCAGGAAACCGGAUCCAUCCGUCCAGGCGUAAUCGGCGGCAGCAAACCACGAGUGGCCACGCCGGAAGUCGAGGCGAGAAUCGAGGAGUUGAAGAGAGACAAUCCGGGGAUAUUUUCUUGGGAGAUCAGAGAUAAACUUAUGAAGGAAGGUUUCUCAGAUCCACCAAGCGUCAGCUCCAUUAGCAGACUUCUUCGAGGUGGACGGCCAGGGGACGAUGGGAAAAAGGAUUACACUAUCAAUGGUAUAUUAGGUGGCGGUCGCUGCGGUGACGAUUCCGACACGGAAAGCGAGCCGGGCAUUCCACUAAAGCGAAAGCAGCGCAGAAGCAGAACAACGUUUACCGGCGAACAACUCGAACAGUUGGAAGCUGCGUUCCAACGAGCCCAAUAUCCAGACGUUUAUGCCAGGGAAGAAUUGGCUCAGAGAACUGGAUUAACGGAAGCGAGGAUUCAGGUGUGGUUCAGCAAUCGCAGGGCGCGACUUCGCAAGCACACCGGCAGCAUAGCGCACUCGGUGGCGAAUCUGCCAUUGACGCCCUGCCAAUACGCCGCGGCCGGCCACGAGCUCGUGCAGAUACCGCAGGUGCCGCAGAUGCCGGGCGGAAUACCGCAGGUACCCACGACCUUGCAUCAUAGCCCGACGACGCUGCACCAGGCCGCGCCCGGCGGCGUUCACCAGAUCCCCGGCAGCACCGCCGUCGCUCAAAUGGCGAGCACGAUGGCCCAGGUGCCCACGACGAUGAGCGGCGCCCUUCAGGGACACACGGUCGCCAUUUCCGGUCAUAUCGGGUCACUUCCGGCGCACGCGGCCUCCGUGCAACUCGCGCAGGUAUCGACGAUGCAACCACCCGCCGCGCACGGCGCGCCGACGUCACUCUCGCACAAUGCCGGUAACAGCGAUUGGUCCAGGACGCAACUUGGCUGGGGACAAUUCAAUCAUUUCCAGAGCGGCGAGUACAAUUCGGGCCACACUGGCAGUCAUCAGCACACGAGUUCUCAAAGUACUCAGUCUUCCAACACUCCACAUACGGGAACAACGCCAGAUUGGUAUGAUCAAGGUUACGAUUACGCUCAACACGCUCAGCUGAAUUAUCAUCGCAGUGUAGGUGGAAUAUUUUAGCCGAUCAGUACAUAAAUUAGCGUUGCACAUAUUGUACAUAGAUUAGCUGCACAUGAUGCGCUAAGAGACAAGCAUAUUUCUAUUGUAUAUAAUUAUUAAAUUCUGUAUAAAUGUAAUUCUGUAUAUAAAUUCUUUAUUUAAUCUACAUCUCUUAUGUGGCAUUUUUUAUCCCUUCCCUUAAAAUGCUAAUAUGAAAUCUAAUUUCAGUAACUUAUGAGAUAAUUUGUUGUACUAAUAAC